UCCGCUUUGGUGAUAAACUGGCAGAUUACAUUCAUCUCAUCCCAUCGUUCAUCCUACUCGUUCCAAAUCCCCCUCAUUGACUUUUUUCUCAGCACAAGAUGUCUAAGGCAACACCGGAACCUCUAACUGUGCUUAUUGUAGGUGCAGGACUCGGCGGGCUGGUGCUAGCGCUGUUGCUCGAGAAAAUCAAUAUUCCGUAUCGUAUCUUCGAGCGUGCAUCGACCAUUAAGCCCCUUGGCUCUGUUCUGGCGUUCAAUGCGAAUAUUCUGUCGCUUGUGGAGCAGCUCGGAAUACUCGAUGAGGUCAUGAACAUCUCCAAGAUCCACGAGGAGAUCAAGUUGUUCGACGUAGAUAAAGUCAAUCUGGGUACCAUCGCUGUCAAGGGCUACAAAGAAAUCACCGGAUAUGAUGGGAUUGUCUUUUCCCGACCUGACCUCUACACGAUUCUGCUCUCCAAGGUGCCUGCAGACAAGAUCCUCUUCGGGAAGCGAGUCCUCCGGACGGAAACCACCAUGGACGAUGUUGUCAUCCAUUGCUCGGACAGUUCUGCCUACAGGGGUCAUAUUGUUGUCGGAGCCGAUGGCGCCUACAGCAGCGUCCGCCAGAACCUGUACCAGGAACUGGAGAAGGAACAUAAACUCCCUAAAUCCGAUACUGAAAAGAUGGCGAUAGGAUAUUUGUGCGUUGUGGGCGUCACCUCACCAAUGCCGACAGAUCGGUAUCCAGAAUUGGAACAUAAUGCGACGCAUUUUAUUCAAACCGUGGAUAAUGACAGCUCAGCGUGGAGCGUCACUACAAUCCCAGGAAACCGUAUUGGCUGGGCCUUGUCACUUCAGUUCACUUCGAGCACCCAAGCUGAGGACCAGCACUUCCGUAACUCGAAGUGGGAAUCUGAAUCCAGCGAGACAAUCCUCAAACGCUACUAUGACUCGCCUAGCAAUUUGGGAGGCACUAUGGGCGAUAUCUUUGACGCAACGCCCAAAGAGGGCAUUUCAACGGUGUAUUUGGAAGAAAAGCUUUUUGAGACCUGGUGCCAUGGACGGACAGUAUUGAUCGGCGAUGCGUGCCACAAGAUGCUUCCUCAUGGUGGCCAAGGCGCUAUGAAUGCCAUGCAGGACGCCGCGGUCUUGGCAAAUUGUAUCUACGACAUGGGCGUACCGACUCAGGAAAAUAUCGAAGCUGCCUUCCAAUCAUAUCGGGGACAGCGCUAUCCACGCGCGAAAGCUGACGUUGCUGCCAGCAAGUUCAUGUCAAGGCUCAUGUCUGGCCAGCAAUGGCUUGACCGCUUAGUCCGCUGGUUGGUAUUCCAGCACCUCCCGACAUGGGUUUCCACGCGAUCGUUUACAAAGGCUGCGUCGUACCGUCCCCAGGCAGUGUUCUUGCCGCUGAUCGAGAAUCGGGGAACAGGACCUGUUCUCCCGCAAACCCCCUCUAAACGAGCAGCUCAGGAACAGAAGGCGAAUGUUCACGGACAGCACACUGAGGCGAUAUGAGGCGUUAAAAGACAUUGUUUUUAAGGAGAGUGUAGGGGCAUGUCUUCAAGCACCUAUUCGUAAAUAAAAUGAGAGCAUUGCACGCCCUGCGCUCCCGAUAAUGCAAAUCGACACUCGAUCCUCUCCCUCACGGUCGAUGCGUAUCAUGCAUAAAUAAAUAGAAGUUUAGG